AUGCGCGCCAAGAAGGACCUCACGGACAACGAUCGAACUGCAAUCCUGCAGCAGCAGCUUCUCGCGCGGAUGGUUGACCACAAGACAUUGCCACGAGGUGCCUUAGCAGACGUCGCCGUCUCCUUUGGUGUUGACCGAAGCACGGUUCGCCGAAUCUGGCACCGAGCUACAGUCGACCUGUCCGACAAGCUUCGCCCGUGCCAGCCUGUCUGCUCAAGGAAAAAAGGUCGUUCUGGCAGGAACCUCAAGCACGACUCUGUUGCUGCCCGUCUCAAACUCGUACCCAAGGCUCGACGGACAAAAUUUCGGUCCAUCGCUGCCGCCAUGUCCAUGCCCAAGUCGACACUGCAUGACUACUAUCGGCGAGGAAUUUUCGUGAAAUACUCUAGUACGGUCAAGCCGGCACUGACGGAUUCCAACAAGGCCGUUCGACUCAAGUGGGCAAUCGACCAUGUUCACCCGGCGGGACCGACACGACUACACCUUCGACAGCAUGAUAGACUGUGUCCAUCCCCUCCUCAUCGCACGGUCAAGUCCAAAACAUUCAUCACGAAGGUCAUGUUUCUGUCCGCCGUUGCCCGUCCACGUUGGGACCACGACAAAGAUGAGUGGUUCGACGGCAAGAUCGGCACAUGGCAUUUUACGGAGCGAGUUCCGGCGUUGCGUGGAAGCCGCAAUAGACCGGCUGGAAGCAUGGUGACGAAGCCGGUCAGCGUGACUCGCGAAGUGUACACGACCAUGCUCCUCGACAAUGCCAUCCCCGCUAUCAAAGCGAAAUGGCCCCAAGGUGAGACCAAGGGAGUGAUUAUCCAGCAGGACAACGCCAAGCCUCACGUUCCCCCAUCGGACCCUCGCAUCGUUGCUGCGUGCACCGGCGGCGGGUGGGCCAUGCAAGUGAGGUUUCAGCCACCCAACUCGCCGGAUCUCAACGUGUUGGAUCUGGGGUUCUUUCGAGCGUUGCAGACUCUUCAAGAACGGAACUAUUCGCGCAACAUUGACGAUAUCAUUGCUGCAACCGUUGAAGCGUGGCAGGAUGUAAUGCGCGUGGAAAGCAACAACUGUUACAAAAUCCCGCAUAUGAAGAAGGCGAAACUGGCUGCUGUGGGUAUGUUGCCCGAGGUUGUUUGCGUUGAUCGUGACCUGUUUGAUGACGGGUGUCGACUACUCAGUGCUACUGAUAUCGACAAGAAGAUCGACGAAUUGGCACUUGAAGUGGCACAGGCGAUGGACAUGAGCGAAUUCAGCUCGCAAAUGGAGAAACUCUCUGUUGACGGUGAGCUGGAUGAUGACAUUGACUUGGAUCUGGCGCUGCUUCUGGGCAUCGAUCAAUUGUUGUAA